UGCCCUUUGCUCUCCCCUCAAAUCUUGUUGGUAGUGAGUUUUCUAGUAUCACCUUUUGUCUCUGAUGCUUUUUAACUUGUCAGACAUAAAAGUGAUAAGCUCUGGUGUGCAUUAUAAUUUCCUGAGGCCUUGUUAAAACAGUUUGGCUCCACCUCAGAGUUUCUGACCUGGUACUUGUGGCAUGGAGCCUGUAACUUUGCAUUUCUAAUAAGCUUUCUUGUGAUAAUGAUGCUGCUGUGUCAGUAUCUCAGUUUUGAGAACUACUGGUCUAACUGUUCUUUCUUUGCAGUUCAAUAAUCUUAAAAGAGGUUAAGUUUAAUUUCCCAAAUAAUCAGACAUUUCUAAUCUCUAUGUUUCUAAUGUUUUAGAUCCAGAUUUAAAGAACCAUGGUAUAGCAGAACACUCAAGUCCUUACCCUUGACAUCCCCACCCAAUUACAAGUCUCAAGUUUCUGGGCUUUUAUGUUUAAAAAGCUAAAAAGCUGAUAACUGGUUGUAAAGUGUUACUACAGGAAUUGAACGACCUGGCCCGUGACCCUCCAGCACAGUGUUCAGCAGGUCCUGUUGGAGAUGAUAUGUUCCAUUGGCAAGCUACAAUAAUGGGGCCAAAUGACAGUCCCUAUCAGGGUGGAGUAUUUUUCUUGACAAUUCAUUUCCCAACAGAUUACCCCUUCAAACCACCUAAGGUUGCAUUUACAACAAGAAUUUAUCAUCCAAAUAUUAACAGUAAUGGCAGCAUUUGUCUUGAUAUUCUGCGGUCACAGUGGUCUCCAGCACUAACUAUUUCAAAAGUACUCUUGUCCAUCUGUUCUCUGUUGUGUGAUCCCAAUCCAGAUGAUCCUUUAGUGCCUGAGAUUGCUCGGAUCUACAAAACAGAUAGAGAAAAGUACAACAGAAUAGCUCGGGAAUGGACUCAGAAGUAUGCGAUGUAAUUAAAGAAAUUAUUGGAUAACCUCUACAAAUAAAGAUAGGGGAACUCUGAAAGAGAAAAGUCCUUUUGAUUUCCAUUUGACUGCUUUCUAUGAGCCCACGCCUCAUCUUCCCCUGUGCACAUGUUUACCUGAUACAGCAGUGCUGCGUGUUGUACAUACUUGGAACAACAAACUAGAAAUACUGUACUUCUGUACCAACAUUGCCUCCUAGCAGAGAAGUGUGUGUGUGACAAGCCAGUUCUACAGGCAUUACCUAGGUGUGAGACUAAAAGCUUUCCUUAUUGACUUAAAUUUGGAUAACAGCAAGGUGUGAGGGGGGUGGUGGGUAUGGUGUGUGCUUGGAUGGGAAAGAAAAAGCUCCACUCACCUGUAGGAGAUUAUUUUUAAGUGGAAUCCAUUUAAACUCAAAACAGUUAUGAGAAGCAAGGUGAAGAACAUGAAGCUGUGUCUGUAUUCAUUUUAUUCCGAAGGAGCUACGUCUUAGGUGAAAGUUAUGACCAACCAGAUUAAACUCUACCCACAUCCUGCAUUUUAAGGUCUAAGUUUAACUGGUCAACAUUUAAAUGGAUUGGAGCUAUUAGUACAUCAAGUGUAAUGGGCUUUGUUCCCAACUCUUUUACAUCUCCCUACCCCUUCAGCCUUUGGCCUUUCAGCCCUUCUUUCUCUCUUCCAUAUUCUUUGGUUUGUAUGUGGUUUCUCAGUUAAUACAUAGCUAAUAGCUCUUAUUUUUCUUAUGUUUUUAACUGCUUAGGUCUAUUUGGAUGUAAGGGUGAAAAUUCAUUUGAUGGAAAUACUUGUGUAUAUUUAAAGACCCAGUUGCUCCUCUGGAGCUUGUACGUUCAAGAAUGAUUAAUCUGUGUAAUAAACUGAUUACUACAGUCAUUACAUACAA